GCUGUAACGGAAACCAUAGGACUAUGCCUGUCCUUUCUAAUUACGAAAAUAUUACAAACGAAUCUGCCAUUGCUGUUCUUGCUUAACAAAUAAAGAUAUGGAAUUUAUUGAAGUUAUUUCUCAGAUCAGCACCAUGGACAGCGUACCUCGCUGUGACCAGGUCUGAUGCUGCCACCUGGCGUAGACCUACUUGGCAGAGUGGAUUACUUGUGAAGUUUGGUGCAUCUGACGCUCCGUAACAAAAAGCAAUGACGUCAUUGUCCUCUAACUUUCGGACGAAUUUUUCUUCCAUGAAAUUGUUAAUUAAUCGUUUCGAAGGGAAAGCAUAGGAAUUUGGAAAUCCCAGAUCAGAACAACAGACAUCGGUCUCCAUGGACAUCCCAGGGGCGGUGGCUAUGCUCCGCUGCAGAAAGUGUCGUAAAGGCUUUGUAGACACAACAUGCCUGCAUCCGAUAGUGCCUGAUGAUGACACAACGGCAGCAGGUACAUGCAGUGUCUGGCACAUGAACGUUGAUACACUGCCAGAGUGGAUACUGACGUCAGUUCACCAGGCCCAGUGGACAGUGGGGAAGCUGAACUGCGAGAACUGUGGUGCUCGCCUGGGUGGCUUCAACUUUCUCAACAACACCAAAUGCUCCUGUGGUCAGGAGUCCACCGUGCACCUUAGCAAGAGUCGGGUCGACCAGGACCAUAAACGCUACCUUCAUGUGGUCAGACCGCAGACGACGAGAGGUAGGGGAGGACCGGGCUGCCUGAAGGGCGUGUCGGGGGGUUUUCACAGUGAGCAGGACAGGUCAGAGGUCGGGGAAGACUUUCUGGUUGGCUCACAGCUCUGCUGUACUUCUGUGUCCCGCCUUACCGCUGAGAGCCGACCAAUCACACCACACCCAGAUGCAUUUUUCCAGUUGGCUGACAUCAGAGCCACCCAAUCAGUUCCAUUGAGCUCCCCCAGCAUUGUUUCUCAUAUGAAGUCUGGUGCGAGGGGCAGGUUGGAACCCUCCUGUAGCUCUGGCUCCCAGACUGGCCCUGUAGAAGUGACUGAGGGAGAGGUGAGGACUGGGACAGAGCAGCUGCCCCAUUCACCUGUUGUGUCCUACACCCCUCAUCUAUUUGCAACUAGUAUUAUUAGGUCACCUACCUGCUUAUCACCUCUGACUAGAGAGGCCCCUGGUUCUCGUCUUCUCUCCCUGAGAGGGCCAGGUGUCUCACACAUCCCUGGGGAGCAGGAGGAGGACGUGGAGGAGGAGAGAAGGGGAACCCCCACAGAGCUCCAGGCCCAGCUAGUAGCCAACAAUGCUUCUCCAGCCAUGCAAAGGUUCAGCAAGAGAGAGAAGAACCGGCUGAAGAGCCAGAGGCGGAAACAGAGGAAGAAAGAGCGCUGGCUCCACUCCCAGGAACAGAGUGUGACAGGGCUGCUAACAGACAGUGAGGAGGUGGACAGAGAGGGCUACACCUGCGCUGUGUGCCUGGAUGUCUACUUCAGUCCCUAUAGCUGUCACCCCUGUGGCCACAUCUUCUGUGAGCCCUGCCUCCGCACGCUGGCCAAGAACCGGCCGGCCAACACCCCCUGUCCCCUCUGCCGCACCCUCAUCUCACACACACUCUUCCAGAAAGAGCUCAACCAGACAGCUAAGAAUUUUUUCCCGAAGGUCUACCACUCACGGAAACACAACUUUCAAAAAGCCAACUGUGCUAAAUUGCCUCUUCCCAACUGCCGAAAACGUUUCCGCAUCUUUUGGGGGUACCAGGGGCAGGUGGCUCCAGGGAGGUGGUGGCACUUUGCCCCAGCAGGCUUCGCCCUGGAUGCCUUGGACCUGGCCGACAUGCGCGGCUGGUUCUUCGAUAUUGACCUGGUCAUCAUCUACAUCCACUCUGUCAACUGGAUACUGGCCCUGCUGGUUCUUUGCUUUCUAGCAUACUUCUUCUUGUCUUGAGUGCUGUUCGUGUGUUUAGCCAGUGAUGGCUGACCUCUAAAAAUGGUACAGCUGGGGUUUCUGGGUGAUGUAGUAUUGUGCCUAAUAGUGCUUACUGCCAGGUAACUCACCUGUCACCUCCAUAUGUUAACUGGAAUCAUGAGCAGUCUUGAGUGGAACUGGAACUGUGAGAUGUUUUUUUGUUGCAGUUUUGGAGGUCAUAUAUAUAGAAAUACUAGUACUCACAUGAAGUUGUGUAGAUGGGCUUAUUUCAUAUUUUGUGAGAGUUUUACCCAAAAUGUUUUUACUGUAAAUCCAAAAUUGUUUUAUGAGGGGUAGAAGUGUAAUAGAAGUGAAAACGAAAGACCAAUAAUUAUUAUUGUUUAAAAAAAAAAUCAGGUUAGGGAAUGCACAGAUAUCUAUAAUAAUAGGCCUAUUUUGACAGAUGUAUGACCAGUGGGCCCGCUCUGUCAAGGACUUCCCUCAGGUCAUCAACAUGAAGGUAGCAUAAUCACAUACAGUACCAGUCAAAAGUUUGGACACACCUACUCAUUCCAGGGUUUUUCUUUAUUUUUACUAUUUUCUACAUUGUAGAAUAAUAGUGAAGACGUCAACUAGGAAAUAACAUGUGGAAUCAUGAAGUAAGCAAAAAAGUGUUAAACAAAUCAAAAUAUAUUUUAUAUUUGAGAUUCUUCAAAGUAGCCACCCUUUGUCUUGAUGACAGCUUUGUACCCUCUUGGCAUUCUCUCAACCAGCUUCAUGAGGUAGUCACCUGGAAUGUGUUUCAAUUAACAGGUGUGCAUUGUUAAAAGGUAAUUUGUGGAAUUUCUUUCCUUCUCAAUGUGUUUGAGGCAAUCAAUUGUGUUGUAACAGGGUAGGGGUGGUAUACAGAAGAUAGCAAGUCCAUAUUAUGGCAAGAACAGCUCAAAUAAACAAAGAGAAACGACAGUCCAUCAUCAUUCCUUUCAGACAUGAAGGUCAGUCAAUAUGGAAAAGGUCAAGAACUUUGAAAGUUUCUUCAAGUACAGUUACAAAAACCAUCAAGCACUAUGAUGAAACUGGCUCUCAUGAGGACCGGCACAGGAAAGGAAGACCCAGAGUUACCUCUGCUGCGGAGGAUAAAUUCAUUAGAGUUAACUGCACCUCAGAAAUUGCAGCCCAAAUAAAUGCUUCACACAGUUCAGCAGACACAUCUCAACAACUGUUCAGAGGAGAAUGCGUGAAUCAGGCCUUCAUGGUCGAUUUUGCUGCAAAGAAACCACUACUAAAGGACACCAAUAAGAAGAAGAGACUUGCAUGGGCCAAGAAACACGAGCAAUGGACAUUAGACCAGUGGAAAUGUGUCCUUUGGUCUGAUGAGUCCAAAUGUGAGAUUUUUGGUUCCAACCGCCGUGUCUUUUUGAGACGUAGAGUAGGUGAACGGAUUACCUCCGCAUGUGUAGUUCACACCGUGAAGCAUGUAGGAGGAGGUGUGAUGGUGUAGGGGUGCUUUGCUGGUGACACUGUCUGAUUUGAUUUAGAAUUCAACGCACACUUAACCAGCAUGGCUACCACAGCAUUCUGCAGCGAUACACCGUCCCAUCUGGUUUGCGCUUAGUGGGACUAACAUUUUUCAAAAGGACAAUGACCCAACACACCUCCAGGCUAUGUAAGGGCUAUUUGACAAAGAAGGAGAGUGAUGGAGUGCUGCAUCAGAUGAUCUGGCCUCCACAAUCACCCAAACUCAACCCAAUGAAGAUGAGUUGGACUGGAGAGUGACGGAAAAGCAGCCAACAAGUGCUCAGCCUAUGUGGGAAGACUGUUGGGAAAGCAUUCCAGGUGAAGCUGGUUGAGAGAAUGCCAAGAGUGUGCAAAGCUGUCAUCAAGGCAAAGGGUGGCUACUUUUAAAUAUAUAUUGAUUAGUUUAACACUUGUUUGGUUACUACAUGAUUUCAUAUGUGUUAUUUCAUAGUUUUGAUGUCUUCACUAGUAUUCUACAAUGUAGAAAAUAGUACAAAUAAAGGAAAACCCUUUAAUGAGUAGGUGUGUCCAAACUUUUGAUUGACAAUGUACAUCUCAUAUAACUAUAAACUUUUUAUUCAAUAUGCACUACAAGACCUAAAGUAUGUGGAUACCUACUCGGUGAACAUCUCAUUCCAAAAUCAUGGGCAUUAAUAUGGAGUUUCCCCCUUGCUGCUAUAACAGCUUCCACUCUUCUGGGAAGGCUUUCCUCUAGAUGUUGGAACAUUGCUGUUGGGUCAAGGGCGUUACUGAGGUCGGGCACUGAUGUUGGGCGAUUAGGCAUGGCUCACAGUCGGCGUUCCAAUUCAUCCCAAAGGUGUUCUAUGGGGUAGAGGUCAGGGCUCUGUGCAGGCCAGUCAAGUUCUUCCACACCUAUCUUGACAAACCAUUUCUGUAUGAGCCUCGUUUUGUGCACUGGGGCAUUAUCGUGCUGAAACAGGAAAGGGACUUAAGUUGGAUGCACAGAAUUGUCUAGAAUAUGAUUGUAUGCUACAGUGUUAAGAUUUCCCUUCACUGGAACCAAGUUGCCUAGCCCAAACCAUAAAAACCAUCCCCAGACCAUUAUUGCUUCACCAAACUUUACAGUUAGCACUAUGCAUUGGGGCAAGUAGCGUUCUCCUGGCAUCUGCCAAACCCAGAUUUGUCAGAGGGACUGCCAGUAAAGUGUAAUUCAUCACUCCGGAGAACGAGUUUCCACUGCUCCAGAGUCCAAUGGUGGAGAGCUUUACACCACUCCAGCCAACGAUUAGCAUUGCGCAUGGUGAUCUUAGGCUUGUGUGCGCGGCUGCUCAGCCAUGGAAACACAUUUCAUGAACAGUUUUUCUGCUGGAGUUGCUUCCAGAGGCAGUUUGGAACUCGGUAGUGAGUGUUACAACCCAGGACAGAUUAUUUUUACGCAUGUAACAGUAUAACUUUAAACCGUCCCCUCGCGCGAACCAGGGACCCUCUGCACACAUCAACAACGGUCGCCCACGAAUCAUCGUUACCCAUCGCUCCACAAAGGCCGCGGCCCUUGCAGAGCAAGGGGAAACACAAUUUCUAGGUUUCAGCGCAAGUGACUUAACUGAUUGAAACGCUAUUAGCGCGUACCCUCUAACUAGCUAGCCAUUUCACAUCCGUUACACGCGCUACACGCUUCAACACUCGGUGGUCCCGUUCUGUGAGCUUCUGUGGCCUACCACUUCACGGCUGAGCCCUUGUUGCUCCUAGAUGUUUCCACUUCACAACAACAGCACUUGACCGGGGCAGCUCUAGCAGGGCAGAAAUUUGGCAAACUGACUUGUUGGAAAGGUGGCAUCUCUAUGAGGCGCUACAUUGAAAAACCCUGAGCUCUUCAGUAAGGCCAUUCUGCUGCCGAUGUUUGUCUAUGGAGAUUUUAUACACCUGUCAGCAACAGGUGUGUGUGAAAUAGCCGAAUCCGCUUAUUUGAAAGGGUGUCCACAUACUUUUGUAUAUAUAGUGUAUUUUAGUGCUGUUGCAAUUUUGUGUUACAGGGACUCAUUGUAAUAUUUUGUCUUACCAGUGUGUCAUUCAGUGUAUUACCAAUGAUAGACAUCUUAUAUACAUUUUACAGAACAAAUUGCCAAAUCUCUGGUAAGUUAUGUGUCAAAUGUACAGUUUUCAUUGGUUUGCAAUUGUGGUGACAAUAAUACAUGGGGUUGCUUGCAGCCAACAGUAGUA